AUGUAUUCUUUGAAUUCUUUUCGCCACAUUGAUGACACUAAUUGGUUAUUCUUAACAUUUAGCAUUGCGCUUUGCAUUCCUACAAACACAAAUGCUAGGCCACAUUUUAUUGUCUCUCAAAAUACGCUGCAGGAAUUAGUGCCUACCAGCAAUAGUAGUAGCAAUAAUAAUAGCAUUCAAAACGCCUUAGUACCCUCAGUACCGGUUAUACCAACGUCUUCUAUUGCCAUGGCUGAGCCGCCUCUAGGACGUGAUAUUAGCAUAGGUCCAUGCAUAUGGACGGUAGAUCGUAAAUGUCCCGAUCGUGAUAUAUUAUUUUAUUUAUAUACCCGUAAAAAUCCAAAAGAUAGGCAAUUUGUACACAUCGAUGAAACUCUAAAAAAAUCGAAUCUGACAUCGUCACAUUUUAAUAAAUUACAUCCGACCAAAAUUAUAAUACACGGCUAUAAUUCGGAUAUGUUCUUACAUCCUCUACAACUAAUGAAAGAUGAAUAUAUGGCAACAGGUCAUCACAAUAUAUUUUACGUAGACUGGAGUAAAUUGUCUUUAAGUCCUUGCUAUAUGAGCGCUGUUUAUAACACACGUCAUACGGGUGCGUGCGUAGCUAAGCUAGUUGAACGCAUAUUAGAUACAGGAGCAUCCGAUAUUCAUGUUAUCGGUUUUUCACUGGGUGCCCAGCUAACCAAUUAUAUAGCAAGAAAUUUGGGUUCAUUUCUGCUACCUCGUAUAACAGGUUUAGAUCCUGCUAUGCCUUUGUUUAUAACCGCUUCGGCAGCCCAUAAGCUCGAUCCAAGUGAUGCUGCUUAUGUUGACGUUAUUCACACCAAUGCCAUUGUGCAAGGCAAGCUGGAACGAUGUGGUCAUGCCGAUUUUUACAUGAACGGUGGCAUAAUGCAGCCUGGCUGUUAUAAUUCAACGAUGAAUGCCUUUGCAUGCAGUCAUCAGAGAGCGCCCGCUUAUUAUUUAGAAUCUAUACGUUCUCCUCGGGGCUUUUGGGGUUGGCCUUGUAGCUCAUAUCUCACUUACAUUCUGGGCAUGUGUCCACCGAACGAUUAUUUGGUGGAAGCUGGCGAACAUGUAAAACCGAGCACUCGUGGUUUGUUUAUUAUUAAAACAAAAGAGGCUUUUCCAUUCGCCUUGGGUAAAGGUGUGGAUGUACUUAGUUUGAAAGAUUGGUGGAAAAAGAACAAAUCGACAAAUGAAUCGAACAUAAAAUUCGAAAUACCAUUACAGAAGGUAGAACCCCUUCAAAAAUAUAUUGAUCAAUGGGGCAAAUUGGAUUCCACCUUCAAUAAUUUACAGGAACACGAAACUGAAAAUCCCUAUGACUUCAUGUGGACGCAUGUUGAUGAGAGCGAUACUGCCGAUAAGCCCAGCGUUUCAAUUGAAGAGGAAGAUAUUAAAGAUUUAAAUAAGAGUGCAACGCAUGAAAAACAAUUGAAAAUAAACUGGGAUGAAUACCGCGAAAAUCUGACAUCCGGCUUUAUCGAUAGUUCCAUAUUUAGUGUUCCUAUUUUAAGUUAA